CGGCCAGGCGGGGCUGGCCUCCGGGCUCUUGGUGCCCCGGCGCUGAGGUGCUGCCUCCUCCCUUCUCCCUUCUUCUUGGUUGGGAAAGUGGGAGGUGGCGCGCGCGCGGGCGUGUGUAUGUGUGGGUGGGUGCAGGGGGCGCAGCAGAGUCUCCGCUGUGCCACCGCGUCGUCAGAGACAGACAGACAGACAGACAGACAGACGCACACACACAGAGAGGCAGCGGGGCUGGGGCGGCAUCAGCUGCAUCUGCUGUUGCCGUCGCACCCCCCUUCCCUCCACCGCUGCUGCUGCAGUGUCCGCGAACAAAGAGGAGGAGGCAGCUCCAGACCUGGAGCAGGGGGCCCCUGGACCCUGGACCCUGGCUCCUCCAGCCCCCCUUGGCCACGGAGGAGCCACGCAGGAACGAGAUGAGGAGACUCUGAACAGGCAUGGAUGUUACGUGAAUCACUUGAAGGGAGGUGAACAGCUAUGAAGGCUUCUUUCUCAGUAAAUUAGAUAAAAAUGGAUGAAUCUGCCUUGUUGGAUCUGUUGGAAUGUCCUGUGUGUUUAGAACGACUCGAUGCCUCUGCAAAGGUCUUGCCUUGCCAGCACACAUUUUGCAAACGCUGUUUGCUGGGGAUUGUUGGUUCUCGAAAUGAACUGAGAUGUCCAGAAUGCAGGACUUUGGUGGGCUGCGGAGUUGAGGAGCUACCCAGUAACAUCCUGUUGGUUAGGCUGUUGGAUGGAAUCAAGCAGAGACCUCGGAAAUCGGGCACCAGUAUCGGGAUUAACUGCACAAAUGCUCUGAGGGCCCAGGGCAGUGCUGUUGUGAAUUGUAAUUCAAAAGAGCCUCAAGGGUCCCAAGGUGGACAGCAACGGGUGCAGGCCAGGAGCCCCCCAGUCCGAGGUGUACCUCAGUUACCAUGUGCCAAAGCAUUAUACAACUAUGAGGGAAAAGAGCCGGGAGAUCUUAACUUCACCAAAGGUGACAUCAUCAUUCUACGUCGACAAGUGGAUGAAAAUUGGUAUCAUGGAGAAGUCAACGGGAUUCAUGGAUUUUUUCCCACUAAUUUUGUGCAGAUUAUUAAACCUUUACCUCAGCCCCCCCCUCAGUGCAAAGCACUUUAUGACUUUGAAGUGAGAGACAAGGAAGCUGACAAAGACUGUCUGCCAUUUGCAAAGGAUGAUGUCCUGACGGUAAUUCGGAGAGUGGAUGAAAAUUGGGCUGAAGGGAUGCUGUCCGACAAGAUUGGGAUAUUCCCUAUUUCAUAUGUUGAGUUUAACUCAGCAGCGAAGCAACUGAUAGAACUGGACAAGGCUUUAUUGUCAGGUCCAACUGACUCUGGAGAAGGCCCCUCAGGAGCAGUCCACAGCAGUGCAGUGGCCCCAAAGCCCAGCGACACCAAGAAGAACACCAAGAAGCGGCACUCCUUCACCUCCCUCACCAUGGCUAACAAGUCUUCCCAGGCUACUCAGAACCGCCAUUCCAUGGAGAUCAGUCCUCCUGUCCUCAUCAGUUCCAGCAAUCCCACUGCUGCAGCUCGAAUCAGCGAAUUGACAGGACUUUCCUGUAGUGCUCCUUCUCAGGUUCACAUCAGUACCACUGGGCUAAUUGUGACCCCACCUCCGAGCAGCCCAGUCACAACCGGACCUUCAUUCACCUUUCCAUCAGAUGUUCCCUUCCAAGCUGCCCUCGGAAAUAUGAAUCCUCCUCUACCCCCACCCCCUCUUCUGGCUGCCACUGUCGUCGCCCCACCAUCUUCAGCUGCUGUGGCAUCUGGAGUCGGACAGAGACCUGCAGGAUCUGCUGACCAAAUUGCACAUUUACGGCCCCAGACUCGACCCAGUGUGUAUGUUGCUAUUUAUCCAUAUACACCCCGGAAAGAGGAUGAAUUGGAGCUGAGAAAGGGGGAGAUGUUUCUAGUGUUUGAACGAUGUCAGGAUGGCUGGUUCAAAGGGACUUCUAUGCACACAAGCAAGAUAGGAGUUUUUCCUGGAAACUAUGUAGCACCAGUCACAAGAUCUGUGACAAGUGCUUCCCAGGGGAAAGUCUCUGUGUCUACUGCUGGCCAGUUGGGUCGCGUGGUGACCAUGGUCAGUCCCUCCACUGCCACAGGGCCUUCCCAGAAACUCCAGGGUAAUGGCAUAGCAGGGAGUCCCAACGUGGGGCCCGCCGUAGAGGUGUCAGCGGCCCAUAUCCAGACAAGUCCGCAGGCCAAGGUUCUGAUGCCCAUCAUCAGACAGAUGACUGUCAAUCAAGCUCGAAAUGCUGUCCGUACAGUUGCUGUUCACAGCCAGGAACGCCCCACAGCUGCGGUAACGCCCAUCCAGGUGCAGAAUUCAGCCUGCCUUGGCCCUGCAACUGUCAUGCUACCCCAUCAGCAACCUCAGCCUCCGAUUCCGAGCUCUGCUGCCUAUGUCGCUGCUGCUGUCAGUCUCAGCCGGCCAACUGUGCCACUGGCCUGUGCAGCACCUACUUCCGUGAACUCCCCUGACAUCCCUGCCACAUCUCUGGAGACAGAACUGAGUGGUCAGGCAGGGACAGCCCUCCCUUCUCCUGAGAAUGCAUUAUCUGCUGGUGCAAGUAGUCUGGCCACCAAAUCAGACAAGGAUAGCAAGAAGGAAAGGAGAAGUCUGCUGAAGUUGCUUUCUGGUGCCUCCACCAAACGGAAACCUCGAGCUUCUCCUCCAGCCUCCCCAACUCUGGAAGUGGAACAGGGUACAGCAGAGCUGGCCCUGCAGGGGGCCAUGGGACCUGAGCUCCCCCCAGGAGGCAGUCAUGGCAGGGCUGGGUCCUGUCCCGUGGAUGGGGACAGCCCAACGUCAGCAGUCCUAGAGGCGCUUCACAGAAAGACGAGCUCACUGGAUGCCAGCGUUCCCAUCGCUCCACCCCCAAGGCAGCCCUGCUCUUCCUUGGGUCCUGUCCUGAAUGAGUCGAGGCCUGUUGUCUGUGAAAGGCACCGAGUGGUGGUUUCUUAUCCUCCUCAGAGCGAGGCCGAGCUGGAGCUCAAGGAAGGAGACAUUGUCUUUGUCCACAAGAAACGAGAGGAUGGCUGGUUUAAGGGCACGCUGCAGCGCAAUGGGAAGACUGGCCUUUUCCCAGGGAGCUUUGUGGAAAACAUCUGAGAAGAUGUAACUGUACUUAGAAAGCUGCAAAUCCCAUUACCUAAUGAAAGAGCACAAUGAUCUUAGAGAGCACAGUCAUCCAUUUUCAGAUGAUCAAGGAUAGAAACAGACUCCCAAUAGCAAGCACGAUUGCAGCAUCAGCCAAAGAUGAUGGUGGCUUCAUCUGUGGCCUUCUCCCUUUGGAUUCUGAUGUGUGAUAUGUGCCUUGUACUGUCUGAUUUCUUCUACAAAACACACCUUUUUCUUUUUAAAUUUGCAAUGAAAAUGGACAAUUGUUUACAAGGCUGUAACUAAUUUAUUUGAUUUUUUAAACUUGAAUUCAUGUUAUAGACAAAUUCUUGGGAUCAUGAUUUUAACAGAUUAUUAAUUUAUGAAAUGAUAGCUAAGGAGAAGCUGGAUUCUCUCCUGAUGAGCAAGUGAUUCUUUUGGACAGAGAGUACAUUUCUGUUUCUUCCUUUUAAACUGUAUGUGGCAGAUUGUAACUUGUCUUUUUGAAAAGGGGUCAGUGUUGUGAUGAUGAUAGUGUAUUGAUUAAGUCUCAGCAGGUAAAAUACCAUACUUUGUGCCCUAAGAUAGAAACAGUGGUUAUCUCCUUUGCCUCUCCCCUUUCUGAAAUGACAGUCACAUCCCAAACAAUGCAAUAUUCCUGGAGGACUGAAGACUUAACAACCAAAUCCACACCAACAAGGGUGUAGAAAAAAGGGAGAGAACCCAAGAAAGGAGCAGAAAGAGAUUCCUGCUCAAUCUCAUUUGCUCUGGACAUUUUGCCAUGCAGGUUUUCAAUCUAAUUUUGUGGUUGGGAGUAUGUUCACAGAACAGUUGUCAUAAUCAGGGAACUGUGAAGGAGAAUUAAGCACAGCACUCAACAGAAAACCUUAUCAAAGCACAUUUGUAGAAUCAUAGAAUGUUAAGAGCACUCAUCUCAUCAAACCCUUUCCCCCUCCCAGUUAACAGAUAAGGAAACUGAUGGAGAAGAGUGACUUUUUUUAAGGUCCUAAAGUCAAUUAGUGGCAGAAGUAGGAGUAGAACCAUGGUGUCCUGACUCCCAAUCCAAUGGGAUAAUGAAUGAAUGAAUGAAUGAAUGAAUGAAUGAAUGAAUGAAUGAAAAGACAUUUAUUAAGUGCUUACUAUGGGCCAGACUUUGUGAUAAGCCCAGGGAACACAAAUACAAAAUUCUCCUACUUGGUUUUAUAAGAAUAGCAGCAGCUUAGUCCCUUGGGUUAGAAAUUAAGUAAAAUUAAAACCAUACUCAAUGUCUAAGAAUGGCUAUUAAAUAUAAUUUGCCCUUUCCCCCCUAAGUAAUCUGCAUGACCAGAAGAUGUUAAAAAUAUGGUUGAGCAGUAAUGGUAGUGGUUUACUUGUCUUAAAGUGAAAAAAAGAAAAUUUAAAAGGCUGUUGGGCACUGUGAAAAGUUGACUAAGUUUUUAACCAUGGAAACUUUAAUCCAUUGGGAUUACCUCUCUCCCCCCACUGUCUUGCAUGUAUUACUGAAUUCCCACGGUAAUAUAAAUGGUGCAUGGUGUGUGUAUUUCAUUGUCAUUUCCUGUUGUGGCUAGUUUGCACUCAGAGUGGCCCCCUAGGGACCCUUAAGAAUGCCCUUAAGAAAUGAAACCUCUUAAAUACUCUAAGACUAUUCUUCUCGCCACUCCAAAGUCACUGCUGUGACCAUAUUUCUGACUGAACUCUGACUCAAUGGGGAGGUGCCCAUAAUCCAUUAAGUUGCAUCGUCAGUGAGAAUGCACCUUUAGCAUCUGUCCAUCUGGCUGGUGUGACACCUGGGCUCAGUGAUACCCAUUGUGUUCCGUUAGAGCCUGGACGAGCUCAGCAUCAGCAAAUGCGCCCACACCUUAUGACCCUGGCAAGGAUCUGGCUAGCCAUCUCUUUUUUCUCUCUCUCCCUUUGAUAUCAGUGGUCUUCUCUGUUGCUCUCAUUUUGAUGCUUGUCAUAAAGCGCAAAGAAUUGGGAUAGGCCUAAAGACAUAAGGAGUGAGGGAAAUCUCAUGGUUGUGAAUGACAACGUUGUCAUGGUUUUCUAAUGGAAAAUGCCUUUUAAUUUUUUUUUUUUAUUCUUAAGAAUUUCAGCUGGGAAGAUAAAGAAAUCUAAUUUUCAAAAAAGGCUUCUUGAGGCAUCAAGAAGUGCAAGUGAGUCUUAAAAAUCUAGAGCAAGAGUUGAGAACAAAACCAUUCCUAAAUUCAUCAUUUUUAAUGAAAUGCUGUAUAUUCUGUUCUGUGUUUUAAAUAUUUUAAAAAAUAGUUUACUUGGAUAUUCAUGUAAUAUAUAAAGGUUUUGUGAAAUGAACUUUAGCUAGGAAAAAGCUGUUGUCAGCUUUCAUAAACAUAUAGGUUGACACCAAUGUGUCAUAAUAUUUUUUAUUUUGGGGAAAUUAGCACAUUUUAUAAAAUAAGAUUUUAAAAAAGGCAAAAAGACUACUGCAGGUUAAAAUUCUUUUUUCUACCUGUCCGUUUUCUCCAUAUCUUAAGCUAUGUGACUAAGGUACCUCUGUGAAUAGUUUUCAUGGUGUAAAGUCAGUUAAGAUAUCUGUUAAUAGUUCUGUUAGCUGAUGUAUUGUAUGGCUUUUCUAUCAGCUUUUUUGAAGAUAGUAGAGUGAAGUUUUGAAACAAGAGUUUGUCACACAACAGUGCAGCAAUGAUACGAUGACAAUUUUUCCAGUCUUUCCAUGUGAACUUGGGGGAGAUGGAUCCAAGUGUCUAAGAUUAAAAUUUGAUGUUCAGUCUUUA